AUGAGAACAAUCAAAGGUCCUGCAAUCUUCGUCGCUCAAUACCUCUCCACCACAGUGCCGUACGACACCCUCUCCCACCUCGCCCAAUGGGCCUCUUCCCUCGGGUACAAAGGCCUGCAACUCCCCGUCGACCCCAGGUUGAUCGAUAUCACCCGCGCCGCGAAUGAUAAGACGUACUGUGACGCCCUCCGUGCCGAGUGCGCACAGUACGGGAUUGAGAUUACCGAGUUGUCUACACACCUCCAGGGGCAGCUGAUAGCUGUUCACCCGGCGUACGAAACCCUGUUUGACGGGUUUGCCCCCCCUGCGCUGAGGGGGGAUACACAGGCACGCACGGGAUGGGCAAGAAACCAGCUGGUAUGCGCUGCUAAGGCCUCUAAGAAUCUGGGGCUAAAGGCGCACGCAACCUUCUCCGGUGCACUCGCUUGGCCCUUCUUCUAUCCUUGGCCUCAACGGCCCCCAGGACUGAUAGAAACGGCUUUUACGGAACUUGCACACCGCUGGCUCCCUAUUCUGGACGCGUUCGACGCUUGCGGCAUCGACCUGUGCUACGAGCUACAUCCUGGUGAAGACUUACAUGACGGGACGUCCUUUGACCGGUUCCUGGCUGCGGUGGGGGGACACAGGCGGGCGUGUAUCUUGUAUGACCCGAGUCAUUUUGUACUCCAGGGGAUGGACUACCUCGAGUUUGUGAAGAUUUACCAUGAGAGGAUCAGGAUGGUUCAUGUUAAGGACGCCGAGUUUAGGCCUGAAGGGAGACAAGGCGUAUAUGGUGGCUACGCAGACUGGACCUCCCGCGCAGGCCGUUUCCGCGCUCUCGGAAAGGGGCAAAUCGACUUCCCAGCCCUGUUCACCCUUCUCGCAGCGUACGACUUCCCCGGGUGGGCAGUGCUCGAGAAUGAGGACCCGUUCGAGGAGGCCGAGGAGUGUGCGCGGAGGGGGGCGCUGCUGAUCGAUGGGUGGAUCGUGAAGGUUAGGGAAGGGGGAGGGUUUGAUGAUUUUGCGGAGAGUGGAGUGGGGAGGGAUGGGUUGAGGAAGGUGUUGGGCCUCGAGUGAGUAGGGGUAGGGGAAAUGAGAAAUAGUUCGAUUUCCUAGAUAUGUAAGUUGACAUCAAGCCCAAUCCU